GCCCCCCCCCCACACAUUAUAUAUACACACAACCGCUGGCAAAGGCCGAAACAGCUCAUCAAAGAGAAAACAAUUAAAAUUUUUCUCAAUAAGAAAAAAGAAAGAUAAGGAAAUAGAAAUAAAAUAAAAUGGGUUCUUCUGCUCGCUCAUACGCAGCUGCAAUCCUCUUUGUGAUGCUCUUCAUCUCCACCGGUUUGCCUUCCGAGAUGGGAGGUGGGGCAAGGAAGAUGGUGGCGGAGGGGAGGAUGUGCGACUCCCCGAGCCAUAAGUUCAAGGGGCCAUGCAUGAGGGACAGCAACUGCAAGACGGUUUGCGAGGGAGAGGGGUUUCACGACGGCGAUUGCCAAGGAUUCCGCCGCCGCUGCUUCUGCAGGAAACCAUGUUAAUUAAUUCCUUCAGGAUGUAUGAUUGAGAUUCGAUCCAUGGAAUAAAUGUUCUUAAUUUGCAAUUAAUAAGAGGACGACGCUCGCCAUGCUAGCUAGCUAGAUGAUAGCUGCCUGGCAAGCUUAGUUCAUGUCUUUGAAAACCAAACAUGUUAUGUGUUUGGUUUUUUUAAAUUACUUUGUAUCCCUUGCUUGUUGUUGGUGCUUUAUUGAUCUCUAUGUAUUCACCUCCUUAAUUAUUGGCUUGUUUGCUCUUAAUGUAUAAUAAUAAUAAUUCAAUUUCCAUUUGUCAAUAGUUAAUUUUUUGUUAUUUUUUAGGGAAGUAUACUUAAAUGGCAUUAAAACAUAGUGACUUUC